UCUGUUACUGGAUUGUACACAGUCUAGAACUCCUAGGAGAAAAAUUCACCCCGAACAGUCCUCGAGCAUUGCCCAGUUCCUUGGCCAAUGUCAAUGUCCAGAUGGAGGUUUUGCAGGAGGACCAGGCCAAAUUGCCCAUCUAGCCCCCACCUAUGCUGCAGUGCUUGCCCUCAGUACUCUAGGAACAGAAGAGGCGUAUAACAUCAUUGAUAGACCAAAGCUUCAAUCAUACCUCAUGAGAAUGAAAACACAAGAGGGCGCUUUUCUUAUGCAUAAUUCUGGAGAAGUGGAUGUGAGAGGAGCCUAUUGUGCUGCAGUUUCUGCCAUUCUUACAAAUGUUGCCACCCCUGAUCUGUUUGAUGGUACACCUGAAUGGAUUGUAAGCUGUCAGACGUACGAGGGAGGCUUUGCCGGCCAGCCUGGUAUGGAAGCACACGGUGGAUACACCUUCUGCAGCGUGGCAGCCCUGGUGCUCCUGGGACACGAGAGACUAUGUGAUGUACAGGGUUUACUAAGAUGGUUGGCUAUGCGUCAGAUGCGCUUUGAAGGUGGUUUCCAGGGAAGAACAAACAAGCUUGUAGAUGGUUGCUACUCCUUCUGGCAGGCUGGAGUCUUCCCUCUCGUUCACUCCAUCCUGACCAAGCAGGAGGAUACAGCGCUCAGUAUGGACUCCUGGAUGUUUGACCAGAAAGCACUGCAGGAGUAUGUACUACUCUGUUGCCAGAACAAUCACGGAGGACUCAUAGACAAACCCGGAAAAGCUAGAGACUUCUACCAUACAUGCUACUGUUUGAGUGGUCUGUCAGUGGCUCAACAUUUCUUAGCUGGUCAACUCAGGGAAGAUGAUGUAGCCGGAGAUCCCAAGAAUGAACUUAGACCAACCCAUCCAGUGUUUAACAUCAGCCUCCAAUGUGCCCACAAUGCAUCACACUACUUUGGCAAGCUACCCAUCCCCACCCCCAGAUGAGGAUACGCAACCAGUGGGUCUGAUUAGAAAAGCUUUGUAGACUACUUACUCUAAUAUCUACAUAAUAUCAUGCUCUUCGUCCACCACUGCAAUAUUCAUCCCCAUAGGUAUUAAGAAUGCAUGGAGGUGAUGGAAUUCAUGCAGUGGUGCGGUUAUAUGCCAAUUUCCUACAAGCACUGAAGUCCUAACAUUAGCCCUAGGCACAACAUUAUACCUAACUGGGGUAAUAAUAUAUAUGUAAAGCACUUAGGCACAUCGUUGUAUCGAUGUACGGAGCGCUAUAUAAAAGCGGAAUAUUAUUAUUAUUAUUAUUAACCCUAGCUAUAGCUUUAACAAAAUAAAGCUUGGAGUUAGAUGUCACCGUAGUGACACUGGAUCUCUAUGUUGUUAGAUCGAGAAACAAAGUGAGUUUCUGUUUCUGUCAUAACAAAACUUUGCGUACUUGGGGUCAAUCAAUAUCUUUCUUGCGAGCUGUAAACAAUUUACGUCCCCCUUUGCACUAACGUCCUUUGGCAAGACGUUAUCUACAUUUGCCACUCUCCACCCAGGUGUUAAAUGGGUACUCGGUAGGAUGCAAAAGUUAAUGUAUUUUGCUCAGUAUUGUGAGCGUCUGUUAAAUGACGCUCGGCUGGAAUGCUCCCCAGGGAGUAGAGCAUGUGCAUUCAUUGUGUGCGGGCAAGCCUAAAUCCGAUGACCGGGAUAAUGAUAUAUCUGUAAAGCGCUUAGAGCCAUUUUGUAUUAACCGCUAUAUAAAAGCGGAAUAUUUGUUUAUUAUUAUUAUUAUGAAAUUGACAUGGAAUAUGCUGAAAACCAUGCAGUGGUGCUCUGUAUGAUGCUGUAAGAAUUGGAAUGUGGCUUGUUUUGUUCCUGAUCAGCAGAUUAAAAUGCACAUUCCAUCGACAGUUUUGCAAUAGAGUGGAGAAGAAGCUGAUGAUGAAUAAUCCCAAAAAUUGUUGGUAAUGAAAUAAUAUUGAUCAUUCCA